UUCUGAAGAAAUCGGGGUGCAGGGAGGCAAUGACUGAAUUUGUGGAAGAAGUCGCCACCCAUGUCACCAAAAAAAUCGCCACCGAUCAUUUUAGGGGAAACCCCGUAUUUCGAGUUCUUGGAGUGGGAAGCGGUACGGGUGAAACCGACUUGCGAAUUCUCACUGGCAUUUCCAACGUUUUAGGGCAGUCUCAUCAGAUGAAUAUGCCGUCUGUACACUCUGUUAUCGUAGAGCCGAGCCAAGAAAUGAUAUCAGAGUAUAAGGCAGCGACCACUGCCCUACCGCAACCUCUUGUUAAAAGUUCAGCUGAUGUUACGUUCGAAUGGUGCGCUAUGACCCUAGAGAAGUUUAUCGAGUCUUUUCCCAAAGUGGAGAGCUUCAAUAUCAUUCAUUUUGUGGCCUCUCUGUACUACAUGGAUGCUGAAUUAUCGCUACGAAGCUGCUACCAGAAGCUUUUCCCGGGUGGAGCCAUGUUCUGUACUGUGGUCCCUGAAGAAUCGUUCUUCCCGCAAAUUUCAAAGAAGCUGCACACGAAAGUGGAUUUAGGUUCAGCUCAGAAGCUUUACUCAGAAGAAGAUGUUGUUGGUAUUGCCGCAAGAAACAACUGGAGAUACGAGAAAUUGUGGAAAGCGCAGUACAUCGCAGACAUAACUAGCUGUUUUGACGAAUUGUCCAAAGAGGGUGGCAUUUUACUUGAUUUCCUGACCCACCAGGAAGAGUUUCGCACAACAGCAGACAAAAUCUCUUAUCAAGAGGCGAUGAAUUUUCUAGAUGCUGUGUCCACUACAGAUGAUAAUGGGAGAAAAAUAAUUCGACCAGAGAUGACCGCAGUGGUAAUUUACAAAUAAGGAUUGCUGUUGCAGAAUGAGCGUGAAUGUUAACCAAACAUAUGAGUGGUGUGAAUUGAAAAAAAUUUGUAGCUGAUUGAACAUUUUCAGGACUCAGUGAAGGACUAAAAAAAAUACGGAUUAAUGAUAACCUGAAUCACUUCUUUCUGUCUAAAAAAAAAUCAUUUAAUUUCAUUUCAGUCAGAUUCUCGUGCAGUGAUAGUCACUGCA